AUGUUAAAGUCCUGCGGCCUCCGGAUUCCUCUGACUGAGAUGGUUGAGUUUGGGAAGAAGUUGAAGCGAAGGCAAGUUCAAGAAUGGCAAGGAUACUACAUAAACUACAAAUUAAUGAAGAAAAAAGUGAAGCAAUAUGCUAAUCAAAUUGAAGCUGGAGCACUGGAUCGCCGCCAAGUUCUCAAGGAUUUUUCUCGAAUGCUGGAUAACCAGAUUGAAAAAAUUGUUCUUUUUCUGUUGGAAAAACAAGGUCUACUUGCAAGCAGGAUAGCCCAGCUUAAUGAACGACAAGAGCAUCUUCAGGAACAGCCUGAUAUAUCCAUAAUAUCUGAGUUACGAGAAUCUUAUAGAGAAGUUGGGAGAGAGCUUUUAAAGCUUCUGUUUUUUGUUGAAAUAAAUGCCACUGGCCUGCGAAAGAUCCUUAAGAAGUUUGAUAAGCGUUUUGGCUACAGAUUCACUGAUUACUAUGUCAAAACUCGUGCUAAUCAUCCUUACUCCCAGCUUCAGCAAGUAUUCAAACAUGUGGGUUUAGGCGCUGUUGUUGGAGCAAUAUCUCGUAAUCUUGCAGAUCUUCAGGACCGCCAAGGAAGCUACUUAUCAAUUUAUGACCAGCCAGCCCUUCCUCUACAGGAUCCUGUUGUGGACUCCAUAAGAUCAGCUGUGGACAGAUUAACUCAUUCAACAAACUUUCUUAACUUUUUGGGACAACAUGCACUUAUCAUGCAAGAAGAAUUGCCUACUCCUUCUGAGGAACGUGUUGACGAUGAAAGAUACCAUUUUAUGUCACUUCUUUUGAACUUGGCAAACACAUUUCUUUAUAUGGUCAAUACAUAUAUUGUUGUUCCAACAGCGGAUGACUACUCUAUGAGCCUUGGGGCAGCUGCAACAGUCUGUGGUAUUGUGAUAGGGGCAAUGGCAGUUGCUCAGAUAUUUUCUUCUGUGUAUUUCAGUGCUUGGUCCAAUAAGUCUUACUUCAAACCUCUGAUAUUUAGCAGUAUAAUUCUGUUUGUGGGAAAUGUCAUGUAUGCAUUGGCUUAUGAUCUCAAUUCAAUAUCAAUUCUUUUGCUUGGUCGACUAUGUUGCGGUUUCUGUUCUGGCAGAGCAGUUAACCGACGUUAUAUCAUUGACUGUGUGCCACUUAACAUCCGCCUGCAAGCUUCAGCAGGUUUUGUUAGUGCUAGUGCUCUUGGAAUGGCAUGUGGCCCUGCACUUGCUGGGUUACUUCAAACUGAUUUCAAGAUUUACAAGAUCACAUUUAAUCAAAACACUUUGCCAGGUUGGGUAAUGGCCCUGGCAUGGUUAGUCUACUUAAUGUGGUUGUGGAUCUCAUUUAGGGAACCUGCUCGUGAGUCUGAAGUUAACAAUGUCCAACAGGAAUCUAUUGGUGUAGAAAAUGAUAAGCUUGAGAAGGGUCUUAAACAACCGUUGCUUUUAACUUCAUCUGAAAAUGAACAAGAUGAUGAGGAGGAUCAAGAAUUUGGUGGGAGUGAAGAAGCUCCUGAGGAAUCCCGUCUACCGGCCAACUCCCUGGGAUCAGCUUAUAGGUUACUUACGCCUUCUGUUAAGGUUCAAUUAUUGAUUUACUUCAUGCUUAAAUAUGCAAUGGAGAUUCUUCUCUCAGAAUCAAGUGUCAUCACUACCUACUAUUUUGGUUGGACUACGAGUACAGUGUCAAUUUUUCUUGCAUGCCUUGGGCUAACUGUGCUACCAGUAAAUAUUGUUGUUGGAAGCUACAUAAGCAAUAUGUUUGAGGACAGGCAAAUUUUACUGGCAUCUGAAAUUGUGGUUUUGCUGGGUAUACUCUCUAGUUUUCACAUAAUAAUCCCAUAUUCCGUGCCACAGUACGUAGUCUCGGGGCUAGUAAUGUUUGUAUCUGCUGAAGUAUUGGAAGGUGUGAAUUUGUCACUUCUCUCCCGAGUAAUGUCAUCCAGGCUUUCUCGUGGGACCUAUAAUGGUGGGCUUCUGUCGACUGAAGCUGGAACACUUGCUCGAGUGAUUGCAGAUGCAACAAUAACGCUGGCCGGGUAUUUGGGACAGGAUAGGCUCUUGAACACCACCCUUCUUCCUUCCCUUGUGAUUUGCAUAGGUUCCAUUGUUGCCACCUGCUGUACCUUCAAUGAUCUCUACUGA